GCCACUUUUGACGGCAAUCGUGAAGAACUGUCUGAAGAAGACGCCGAAGAAGUGAUUCCGACGACUAUUAUAUAAGAUAUAAAUAUAUUGUAAAUAUCAACCAAAAUGUCAAUCAAUAGACUGGCAGUGAAUUCACGCAAAGUAUUUGUACUCAACUCACGACUAAAUGCCAUUAAAUGGCGAACCAUUUGUACCACAAAUUCAUUGAAAGAUAUCUUCAAAAUACAAGACGAGAACGACUUCAAAGACAAAGUGCUUAACAACAAGAAUGUAGUGAUCGUUGACUUUCACGCCACGUGGUGCGGUCCCUGCAAACUACUUAAGCCCCGACUCGAGACUAUUAUCGGUGCCAACAGUGGUAAAGGACUCGAUUUGGCUGAAGUGGAUGUCGACGAGAACGAGACCAUUGCCUCCCAAUAUCAGGUGACUUCAGUGCCCACUGUGUUUGCGAUGAGUGGCGGAAAAAUUGUCGACCAGUUUAUUGGUCUCAAAGAUGAGGACCAAUUGAGAGCAUUCGUUGGCAAAGCACUCAAAGAAUGAUUUGUUGUUUUAGUGUAUAGUGUUUUAGAUAUGAAUUGACUUUUUAUAACAUUGAAUAUAACAUUUGAUUGAAGUUGUGUUAAAAAUUUAGUUUUUCGUAUUAACAGUAAUACCGAUCGUACUUACAAUACGAUAUUUAUCAAUCGUUAGUAUUCUGGCGUAAAUGAGAC